GCUCGCCCUGGAGCGCGGACUGCCCGCGAUGAUUGGAGCGCUCGGUGCUCGCAGGCUGCCGUAUCCGUCGAGGUCCUUCGACAUGGUGCACUGCGCAGACUGCCAUGUUUCAUGGGCUGCUCAUGCUGAUUCCAGAUGGACUGUACAUGCUGGAAAUUGACCGGCUUUUGAGACCUGGUGGGUAUUGGGUUAUGUCUGGUCCACCCAUCGGCUGGAAAUCACCCUGCAAGAACCUCAACCGGACAAUCAACAGCCUUGAUGAUGAGAAAUUAGCAAGGGAGGAUAUUGCAAGUAAGCUUUGUUGGGAGAUGGUGUCAGAUAAAGGUGCAGUUUCUGUUUGGAGAAAGCCUACUGAUCAUCUCCGCUGUGUCCAAGAAGUACAGUUGUGCACAGAAGAUAACCCAGAUAGCGCUUGGUAUGUAAAUAUUCCGAUGUGCAUAAGUCAGCUUCCAAGAGUUGAUCUUGGUGGUGAUAGCGCCCGUGACACCAUGGAGAAAUGGCCUCAAAGACUUGCUGCAGUGCCACCAAGGAUAGCAAAUGGGGGAAUAAAGGGCAUGUCUAUCCAGGCAUAUAAACAUGACUAUUCCAUUUGGAAGAGAAGAGUUGAAAUCUACGGGACAUAUUUGAAAGAUUUAUCUCGUAGGAGCUACAGAAAUGUCAUGGACAUGAAUGCUGGCUUUGGUGGCUUUGCUGCUGCUAUGUCGAAAUACCCUGUUUGGGUCAUGAAUGUGGUUCCUGCAAAUAUAACGGAAAACACUCUCGGUGUCAUCUAUGAGCGUGGACUGAUUGGGACAUAUAUGGACUGGUGUGAGGCUUUCUCUACUUAUCCACGUACGUAUGAUCUGAUACAUGCUAAUGGAGUAUUCAGCUUGUAUAUCGACAAGUGUGGCACCCUUGACAUACUGGUCGAGAUGGACCGCAUUCUCCGGCCAGGGGGCGCUGCAAUAAUUCGGGACACAGCUGAUGUUGUUCUGAAAGUGAAGGAGGCUGCUGAUCGGCUGCAAUGGCGCAGCUGGGUCGUCGAUGCGGAGGAUGGUGCCUCGGAUCCUCAGAAACUUCUCAUCGUGAAUAAUUCCCUCCCACUGCCAGGGAAGUAGAAAGAAGAACCAACAAUAUAUGGUAUCGGCUAAGAGUACCAUGAUGAUCUAAUUACCUGUACAGACUACAGACGAAGAGUCGAAGGCAAGGAUACAGUUAGCACAUACCUACGUGUCCAGAUAGGCAAAUAAUCCUGAUGGUGUAGAGUUUGUAGUAUAGAAUGCCAUCCAGCUCGACUCUGACAUUCUGUACAUAUAUCGAAUGUGUAUCAGAAUGACUGAACUAUAGUUGUGCAUGUUUCUGUAAGAGGUGGUGUAAAUAUAUUGGAGCCAGGAGUUGGUCACUGGUCAGAUCCAUUCUGGGUUUGCCUUGGUCUGCUCGCUAAGCAAUGUGUGGCGACCUAUGUUGUUGGAGAGAACAACGUUGUGAUUGGUUUCAUGAUCUAUGGACUCAUGGAGGAGUCUACAGCUAAUAAUCUGUGUGGCCCAGUGCAGAAGAGAGCUGUUGUUGACCCGCCUUGCCUGGUUCGUCCAAGUUCAGACUAAGGUUGCCCGAAGGGCUGGUUGUUACUUGUUAUAAUGUGAAUCUUUUAAUAAAGGUCGUGUGCAUCAUCACGAUACA